AGCUAUGCAUUUUCAAUUCUAGGUUUGCCCUUUACGCACUUGGCCAGCCCAAUGCCAGAAUUCUAUCGAAAGAAGAAGCCAUUGCCUCGUGGUGUGGCAAAUCGUCGUGCAGCAAUACGAUGGUUACGACAAAGGAAUAUUACAAACGGUGUUCUGUACUUCGGUGAUGAUGACAAUACAUACGACUUAAAACUUUUUUCUGAAAUAAGAGAUACGCAACGCGUCUCUAUGUUUCCAGUGGGAUUAAUUGAAGAGUAUUCCGUUAGUGGGCCAGUUGUUCGGGGAGGUAAAGUUGUUGGAUUUCUCGAUUCUUGGGUAGCGGAAAGGCGGUGGCCAGUAGAUAUGGCCGGUUUCGCAACAAAUUUAGCGUACAUGGCUGAACAUCCAAAUGCCAGCAUGCCUUAUAAAGCGGGAUAUGAAGAAGACCUCUUUUUACGAAGCAUUAGAUUAGAACUGACUAUAAUUGAGCCUAGAGCUCGCAAUUGUACAGAAAUUCUUGUUUGGCAUACGCAAACCAAAAAUCGUGAACGUAGGACUCUAAGAAUUGACAACAAAUAUCUUGAUGAUCGUUCUAACCUUGGCUUUCUCAUGAAAUCUUUGGAAGUGAUGGGUAUUGCCAACACUUCGGACAGUGAAGGUCAAAAAGCUGUUAUAAGCAGGAAUGGAAAAGCGAAACCAUUGAGUUAUUUUUUAAGCUGAAUUUAAGCUUACACAAAUUUGUCCCUACAUGAUGUUCGUGACGUAAAAUACUCAAGAAAAUUUUAGUAAACUAGUAUACAUAAGUGGUCCCACAUUUGAAUUCCAUCAGACAUAACAUCAAAAUAAUAAUGUAAAAUUGCGAUCUUUAUUUUAUUUGUCCAGAACUCGAAAAAGAAUCUGCGAAGUGCAGUAAAAAAGAGUAUUGCAAGUAUUUUUUAAGAGGAUAUUUAAAAUGAUACUUGAUUGAAAACAAACUCACGAUAACAUCUGCAUUACUCCUGCACAACUUUACAACUCACUUAAAGUUGCUUUUGUCAUAGCUAAGUAAAGUUAGUUAUUUAUCGAAAUCCCGCAAAAUAGCUAACUAUAAGUUGGUUAUUUUAAUCAAUUGAUAAUUUUUUCCCUGCAGGGCAGUGACGUUUCGAUGUGACAUUUAGCCAUAUCGCAUGAAAAUCAAUACCUAAGUAUACUCCCAAUAAGCUUACCAAAGAGAAAGUACUCCCACUCCAUACCAUGUGAGUACAACUCGACAGUAUCUUUGCUGGCCAAAUUCUCCGCAGCGCGACUCCCUGCAAUAUCAAUAUGGCCUGGUUCCCAAAUGAGUCUGACCGGGGAAAAUUCAAUUGCCAAAAUCGAGGAGCUUAACAGACAUUCGACUGCUUCCUGUAUGCUAGCGCUGCCUGAUGCUGGCGCCUUGCAUGAAGGAACCAUCCACCGACACUUCCGUCAAGCUUUGUGUAGAAAUACACCGGCUUUGUCCUGCAAAUACUUAUUCCAGUUCGCUCAUUCCUAAAGGUGAUAAACAAUAACGAUACCUUAGUGAAAGAUCGACCCAUCUCGGCAGCCAGUUCGAAAACGCCCCACCUCAGAAAACUUUUCAAGGACGGCCUACUUUAGAAUUUUGAUUGA